AUGUUGCGCCGCCAAGCUCGUGAACGCCGCGACUACCUCUACCGGAGAGCUUUGCAGCUCCGUGAUGCUUCAAUUGCCGAAAAACGAGCUCAGCUAAAAGCCUCGUUGGCUUCUGGAAAGCCUCUUGACCCGUCGAUUGCAAAUGACAAAUCCCUUCGCCAAGAUUUCAAAUACGACGAGUCCAAAGAUGAAGUGGACGUUGACGAUGAAUAUGCUUUGACGUCUGGUUUGAUUGACCCUCGCCCACUCGUGACCACAUCUCGCUCGCCGUCAGCCCGGCUGGGCGCAUUCGCGAAGGAAAUUCGACUACUUCUUCCAACAUCUAUUCGCCUCAAUCGAGGUAACCUCGUCAUGCCAGAUCUUGUCUCUAGCGCUACUUCUGCGUCUCUGACCGACAUGGUUCUACUGCACGAGCAUCGUGGUACACCAACCGCUCUCACCGUUUCCCACCUUCCUCAUGGCCCGACCGCCAGUUUCUCCCUUCACAAUGUCGUCCUUCGAGCGGACAUUCCCAAUGCCGACCGUGGAACAGUGUCGGAGAGCUAUCCGCAUCUGAUCUUCGAAGGAUUCACCACGAAGCUCGGCCAGCGUGUCGUCCAAAUCUUGAAGCACUUAUUCCCUCCUCGUGAACCCGGCAAGGUUGGCACUCGAGUGGUCAGCUUUGUCAAUAAGGAGGACAGCAUCGAAGUUCGUCAUCAUGUUUUUGUGAAGAGCAGCUACCGAGAUGUCGAACUUGCGGAAGUGGGACCACGAAUGACCAUGCGCCUGUUCGAGAUCCGUGGUGGGACCCUUGAAAAGGGCUCUACAGGUGACGUGGAAUGGGCCCUUACUCAAUACACGAGAACCAGCAAGAAGAAGGACUAUCUCUGA